CAAAAGAGAAGCCAAUCAAAAGCCCAGAACAGUUUACGUAAUAAUGAAACCAAAAGAUCCACUCUUUUUGUGAAUUUAUCUAGAAUGGCCACACCACCAUCUCCGGUGCUUGAUGAUCAGGACCAGAACCAAACAUCACAGGCUAUAGCUAGCUCUACCAUCCCAAAUGAGACUCAGAGUGAAGAGGGUUUACAGUGGGAGCCGUGGCUAAAAGAAUACUAUGAUGAUCUGGUGGCUGAUGAACCCCUCAAUAAGGGGUAUCUAGACGCAAUUGACAAACGUGAUAAGAAGUUCGGAGGAACUGCAACUCAUGGCCUAGCUAGGAGCAGUACAUCUUUCACUUUUGAAAUCAUGGAGAAAAUUAGUUUGAAAAUGCCUCUUAAACAGCUUGUUAAAACGGAUAAAGAUAAAGAUUUGCCAGUUCAUAGUGCUAUUCAGAGUGGGACUAGGGUCGAUCAAAAAAAAAUAGGUCUUUUCGUCCAAGGAGAUCGUCAGCAAAUUAAGAAAAUUCUGCGUGCAAAAAACAUUAAUGGAAAAACUCCCAUCGAAUUAGCUUUCGAAACGCAUCAUCGUACAGCAGUUAAACUACUGUUUGAUCUGUGUGUUGAGCAUAAUGUCCUAUCCAGUCUAACAGGAAUUAACCUCCGAAGACAUAGUAAUUUUUUCAAGCUUGAUCAAAGUAACACCCUUCUCCACAUUGCUUGCAAAGAGGGUAUGUGGCCAUGGUUUCUUAAAAUUAUUAUUGACGCAUGUACCGGUAAUCAAGUUCAACACGAUAUCCUUCCUGCUAUGCAAGUUCUGGAUAAAGAAGAUUGCACACCUUUUCACUAUCUCAUGAACUGUAUUCCAUAUGAUUCUGACGAGUUGGAUACGUUUAGAGCAGUGUUAGAUUUACUGAAACAAAAAAAAGUUGACAUCAAUAAAAUAUACACUGACUCGAACAGAAGGACAAUGCUUCAUAAAGCCCAACGCAGCAACAACACAAAUGCAGUAUCUUUGCUAGUAGAGUAUGAACAUGAAGAUGUUCCAGACAAGCAAGGGAUUAAACCGUAUCAGAGAGUCCACCACAUUGACAAUGUUGGCAAAAAGGCUUCCAGUCGAUCACCAUCCGAGUGUCAACACGACGAUGUUCCAGGCAAGCAAGGGACUACACCGUCUCAGACAGUCCACCACAUCGACAACGUCGGCAAGAAGACUUCCAGUCGAGUACUAUCAGAGGUAAGUGAUACCUCCUCGGCCUCUACACAGUCAUAUUCCAGAGGCGGCUCUCCUAGCUUCCCUGCUUCUAUUCCCGUGGCAGAGCCCAAGCACAAACAGCAGAGAGUCCACCACAUCAAAGACAUGGACAAGAGAGUUGCCAGUCUAGUGCUAUCAGAGGCAAGUGAUGCCUCCUCGAGCUCUGCACAGUCAUAUUCCUGCACUUCUCCCUUCCAUAGUGGUACUCAAGUGUUUGAAGGGAAACGAUCGGUGAGGAGUAGUAGUAUAUAGUGAUGAGACAAUUUAAUUUGUUUGUUAUCUCCAUCGAACACAUGACUUUGUGCAUGUACAAGAAUGCAGCUUUGUAAAUAAUUUUUGUUAUAUAUACGUUAUCAUGCAUGCAAUUUGAACUCGGCAUGCAUAAAAUCGUGUCUGCUUAUUAGGUGUGAUAUUGUUAUUAUAUUAAGAGUCCAUUUAUUAUAUAGCCAUGCAGUACUACCUGUAUUAUUUUGUCUGUUAAUCAA